AUGGCGUCAAGUCAAGACCUGUUGGUCCAACAGCACUUUACCGCCGAAAAGUUCGACCAUUUCCUCCCGGGCGCGCCACACGAGGGUGACUUCCGUGCAGAAGCGCUGAAGCCGAAGUCUCGAUUAGGCGCUUUUCUCCACGACAUGUAUUCCUAUAGAGGCAAGGGCAUAUACUGUACGGCCAGUCAAAUGAUCACUCUCAUACUCCUACUGUUUAAGUCUCGCAAGGCGACCAAAGCGCAGAUCUUCCACCAUGCUGCUCAACUGCUCAACUUCCAACGAGGAUAUUUCCGAACCCAAAUAGCAAUAAAGGCUUACUCCAAUCACACAAUCACGGAGAUGGAAGUGUACUUGCUUGAAGAGCGUUCCCGAUACGAAGUCAAGUUCCCGCCCGAGGGCCAUGAUCAGCUACGACCAGAGCCAAGCACUCAAGCCAAGAAGAACAACGACACCCUCUGGCCAGUCUGGGCACGCGGAGUUGGCGCUGAGAUGACAGAAGAGGAGAAGGAUCCAGAGGGCGAGACGCGCUACAACUACGAUUAUGGCUCACUCGAUGUUGAUUGGGCUGAUCAACAUGACGCUGAGAUGGAUCGUCGCCUAGAGGCAGGAACUGGACCGGUUCAGUGCGUCUAUACACUACCGCCGGGGAUGGAAAACGAAGUCUUUGCCUUCUUCUACAAUGCAAAGUUCAAGAAACCCAACGCGAACCUCGACACAGGAUCUUCAGACACCGCACGCGAUUACUUCAGCGCGCUUCCAGUAGAACUCAAGACCAAAGUCGCUCGACUGGUGCUGAAAUUCUCGACCAGACUCAGGAUUGCAGCCACCACUUUCACCAAUGAAGACUGGACAGAAGAGCAGUGGAAUCAGAAUCUGAGCCCGUCGGAGAUCAUGCCAUAUUCUACAUACAGAUUCUCGUCACUUGUAAAGGUGCCGAAAUUCAUGGUUCCUUCCAACGCCGCCACAGUUCAGGGACCUUAUCACUACUGGAAAAUGGAAGCUCCUGCGACUAUGCUGGCACUGUUGGCAGUCAACAAAGAGAUGCACGCAAUUGGAAAACCCGUAUUCUACAGCGAAAACUACUUCGAGAUUAAGGAUGGCAUCAUGGGUCUUCUCUAUCAUCACUUUCAGGAAGGAAGUUCCGUAAAUGGCACCCAGCUGGCGCACCGCUUCCUUGAGCUCAUGACGUGCUCGGAGGCGCACGAUGGUACUCCUCGAUAUGGUCCUCGUCCGCUGGAGUUCAUGCGCAAUAUCAAUGUUGAUAUGGAGCUUUUCCCAAAUGAUUGCGGCGACGUUCCCGGACAGUACCCAUGGCAUUUCGAGCGCAUAAUGAACUCCUUGAUCACGAUACCCCGUCUCCGGAAACUCGUCAUCAACGUCCGCAUGUCAUUCUUGGACGCUCUCAGAGAGAUUUCGCCAGACGAGAAGACCGUCAACCCGUUCACCAGCCCAGAAGUGUGGCCAGGAUGGCGCAAGCUACCUUGGGCAGCAUCCGCAAUUCCUGUUGAGAACGGAAAAGAUAGGAAGUCAGCGGCCGGACUUAAGGUCUUCGUCCCCGAAAAUCGCAAGGUGGAGAAGUGGCUUCAAAACCUCAUCGACAUGCCCGACAAUUCGCCAGCCAAGAUUGUUCACGUUAUAUCCGAGGAUUGGUCUACAGAGGAGUGUCCUUCGGUGUUGAUUACCCAGGGCUUGCUGAAAGCUGAACAGCGCUGGUUGAAGGCCUGCAAGAACGACACGGUCAUGGAAGGAGAAGAAGAGAGCAUUGAGCAUGGUACCGACGAUACUGAGGAAGUUGAGGGUGUGAUCAGCGUGGCAUAGUGAGUCUAGGGGCGAGUACGAGCAACGAAGGGAGGAUUGGUGAAAACCUCUGGGGCAAAUCUAUAGAUAGCGGA